AAGGAAUAAUCUUAUAACUUACGCUUUUUACGACUGUUUAGUAAAAUGGCGGAGCAAAAGGAAGGAAGCUCUGUACAACUACACCAGGAGGACGUCGAUAAAAAUAAAGGUGGAGACCCUCAUGCAACACCACUCAUCACACAAGAGGAGAAAGUCAAACAGCCAGCUGCUGUUGUGGGGUCCCCCAGUAGUUCUGUUAAAGUGGAAGCAGGUCUGGACAAUGGGAAACCGUCAUCUGCCUCUUCCUCUGAGAGGCACAUCUCUAUUCAGACUACGUUGGGGGGCCUGGAGAUGCUGGUUGAUUUGAAUGGGGCUGGGAGAAAGGCCUGCCCCCUGUGCCCUGAGGAGAAGUUUAAAGCCUGUUACAGUCACAAGCUACGGCGACACCUACAGAACCUACACUGGAAGGUCUAUGUGGAAUUUGAAGGGCAGAGAAUGUGUAUCUGUCAUCUUCCCUGUCGACAGCUGAAGCCCAGCCUCAGUGGAGACCAGUCUCCAGGUCGAUUGGUGGCCCAUUACCACUGUGUGGUGUGCUCCGUCACCAUUGCUCGCAAGACAGACAUGAUUAGCCACCUGAAGCGCCAUAUAAACAAGGGCGAGACCGAGGCCAGCUACACUGGAGGAUCUGAUGUCCCCUUUGAGGAUCCAAUUCCGAUUGGACAGGCCUAUGAGAUAAUGAAGGAACUAGGUACCAACGUGCAGCUCCUCCCUAACCACACCACUCCGCAGAAGAGUGACACUUAUUUCAACCGCAAAAUGAAAACAAACAGACAGUUAGUGUUCUGCUCCCUGGCAGUUCUGGCAGAAGAGCGGAAUCCCCUAGAAUGUCUGGAUGCUUUUGGAGCCACAGGGAUUAUGGGCCUACAGUGGGCGAAACACCUGCGUAAUGCAGUCAAGGUGACCAUCAAUGACAUCAAUGAGACCUGCGUGAAAAUGAUCCGCGAGAACUGCCACCUCAAUCACAUCCGGGUGGAGGGCGGGCGGGUGCCCCGUCACACUGACGCUGCGGGGGAUGUGGAAGGGGUGCCCAUCGCAUCAGUGGAGGUUGUCAAGAUGGACGCCAAUGUCAUUAUGCACCUACGACCUUUUGACUACAUACACCUGGACCCCUUCGGCACAGCAGUGAACUAUCUGGAUGCAGCUUUCAGGAACGUGCGGAAUCUGGGCAUUGUGUCGGUGACAUCCACGGACACGGGCUCACUCUACUCCAAGGCCCUGAAUGUCACCCUGCGACAUUACAGCUGUCAGAUCGUCAGGACCGAGUACUACAGAGAGCUGGCAGGACGCAUGGUGGUGGCUACAGUAGCGAGGGCGGCAGCUCGCUGUAAUAAAGGCAUUGAGGUGCUGCUGGCUGUGGCAGUGGAGCACUUUGUUCUGGUGGUGGUGCGUGUGCUGAGGGGCCCCACGCAGGCAGACGAGUCCGCCAAGAAGAUCCGCCAACUCAUUCACUGCCAGUGGUGUGAGGAAAGGGUGUUCCUCAAGGUUGGGAGCAUGGUAGAGGAGAACCUCUACAGACAGCUGCCCUGCAACUGUCACGGAAGCAUGCCCGGAAAGACUGCCGUGGAGCUGGGUCCCCUCUGGGCGGGGCCUCUGUUCAAUACCGGCUUCCUCCGGAGGAUGCUGUCUGCAGCGGUGCGUCACAGCAUGGAUGACAUUCAGGCCCUGGUGAAGACGCUCAUCUGCGAGUCUGAGUGCACCACCCUCAAGUCCUUCUCCACCCACGGCCACUCUCUACACUCCAGCCAAGUGGAAUGCGGCGUGGUCAUUAAGACUCUUCAGAAAGCAGAAGAGGCUACGUCAGGUGACCAGUCGGGAAAAAGGAAGAUGACUGAAGAGUCUGGGAAUGUGAUGAAAAAAGUGAAACCUGACACUUCACUGGAACACCCUCCCUUCUACUACAGCAUCCAUCGCCACAGCAUCCGCGGCAUGAACAUGCCCAAGUUGAACAAAUUCCUCCAGUACCUGACAGAGGCAGGUUUCAGAGUGAGCCGGACCCACUUUGACCCGACAGGGGUGCGCACGGACGCCACCCUGGCCCAGUUCAAGGCCAUCCUCACCAAGUACAGUGUACCGACCUAUACCACAUCCCAGACCGGGAGCCUUGGGCUGAGCACGGAGGAGGGAGGCAGGAAGGUGGAGUAACUCACUAGAGCUUAAGACUGGCACCUGCCCUCACCACGUUCUGACUGCACUGACUCCUUAUCUUCACUGGUGACAGUGGCGAUUGUGUUCUUUCAUUUUAAUGCCUAUGGCUUCCUGCACACAAAUAUACAUUUUGAAAAUUACAUUAUAUAAGUUUCAUAUAAAGGCUAACCCUCACUGCACACACAACUACAAGCAUCAAAUUAUAAUAAUCCCUCUUCUGAUAUACAUUGAUUUGGUACAAUCGUCUGUGUAGUCAGCUGGUCUACUGCAGUAAGUGGCAAUAAGGAUAUACCUAUUUCACUCUCUUAAGUUCAUCCUGAAGUUUUUCAGCAUUAAUCCCUUCAGAAAUCAGUUAGCAAAUGUAUAAAUGGUACUAAAUUUCAAGUGCAGUAGAACCUCAGAGAUGCAGACUAGCUGGUCAGUCAAACGGGUAUGAAUCUUAAUGAAGCAUAUGAAAUUGUCAUCAAGCCCCUUACCAUAAUUCAUAUAAAUGGGCAAGCAUUACAUGAAAUUACAUUUUUUGAAAAAGAUGCUCAUGGCAAAUUGCAAAAUAAUACAAUGUUGGCAAGCCAAGUAUUUGAUGUAAUGAAGGGCCAGAACAAAAUGGUUUGAAACGUGGGCAAAGACAGCAUGUCAGAAAGAGACAUAUCAUUUGGAAACCUGAUGUCACAAACUGAGAGUAGGCCAUUUAAAAAUAAGACUGUAGUAAUGUAAUGCAAUUGGCAUAUUUUUUAAAAUAACUUCUAUUCCCAAUAACUUCCUGUCUGAGAUUCUAUUAUAUGUGGUACGUACUGUGCAGAAGCGAAGUUGCAGACUGCACACUUCUGCUGUUGAGGUUAUUGACAAAUGUUGGCCCAGUCAUUGUUGUGUUUACUGUGAAGGCUUGCAAUACUGUAGCCAGAGCACAUUUCACCUUUCAAAACUAUUCUUAAAAUGUGAUUUUAAUUUUUGUUCUCUUAAACUGCUUGGCGUUUGAUAUCUUUUAAGAGAACUUUGUUUUUAAGUCUCAAAAUGUUGUGUGUACAGUAAUUAAUUUGACUGUGUUGUUUUCUUAAUAAACUCCAUGCAUGCAGUGUUU